AUGUCUAUGAAAUGGACUUUAGUUCUUCUGAUACCAUUGAUGUGUUACUUUAGCUCUGGAAGUUGUGGAAAGGUAUUGGUGUUGCCCAUGGACUACAGUCAUUGGAUGAAUAUAAAGUCAAUCCUAGAUGAACUUGUUCAGAGAGGACAUGAAGUGACUGUCCUGAGAUCAUCAGUUUCCGUUUUUAUUGAGCCAAGAAAAUCAUCUACUAUCAAAUUUGAGGUUUACCCUACAUCUUUGGACAAAAAGAGUUUUGAAGAUUAUUUCAAUGAAUUAAUAAAUGAAUGGGUAUAUAAUUUUCCAAAAUAUUCACUUUGGACAUAUUACUCACAGUUGAAAAAAUUCUUCAGGAAUUUUUCUGAUAUUAUGGAAAUGCUCUGUAGAGACAUAGUUUUGAACAAGAAAAUUACAAAAAAGCUUCAAGAGUCAAGGUUUGAUGUCAUUCUUGCAGAUCCCGUUGCUCCCUGUGGUGAGCUGUUGGCUGAACUACUUCAAAUCCCAUUUGUGUAUACUCUCCGUGGCCUUCCUGGCAACACACAUGAGAAGUACAGUGGAGGUAUCCCAUUGCCUCCAUCCUAUGUGCCUGUUAUUUUGUCUGAACUAACUGAUCAAAUGACAUUCAUGGAUCGGGUAAAAAAUAUGCUGCAUGUGCUAUGCUUUGACUUUUGGCUCCAAAUAUUUGAUGAUAAGAAGUGGAAUCAGUUUUAUAGUGAAGUCCUAGGGAAACCCACUACAUUAUAUGAGACAAUGGGGAAAGCUGAUAUAUGGCUUAUUCGAACCUACUGGGAUUUGGAAUUCCCUCGUCCUCUCUUACCAAAUUUUGUCUUUGUUGGGGGACUCCAAUGCAAGCCUGCCAAACCUCUGCCUAAGAAAAUAGAAGACUUUGUCCAGAGCUCUGGAGAAAAUGGUGUUGUGGUGUUUUCUCUUAUGUCGAUGGUCAGUAACUUGACAGAAGAAAGGGCCAAUGUGAUUGCAUCAGCCCUGGCACAGAUUCCACAAAGGUUAGAAAAAGUUGUAUGGAGAUAUGAUGGCAAGAAACCAGACACCUUGGGAUCUAAUACUCAGCUAUACAAGUGGAUUCCCCAGAAUGACCUUCUUGGUCAUCCAAAAACCAAAGCCUUCAUAACUCAUGGUGGAGCUAAUGGUGUCUAUGAGGCAAUUCAUCAUGGGAUCCCUAUGGUGGGCAUUCCUUUGUUUGGGGAUCAACCUGACAAUAUUGUUCGUAUGAAGGCCAAGGGAGCAGCUGUUAGACUGGACUUUACCACAAUGUCAACUACAGACCUUCUCAAUGCGUUGGAGACAGUCAUCAAUGAUCCUUUAUGUAAAGAGAAUGCUAUGAGGUUAUCAAAAAUUCACCAUGAUCAGCCACUGAAGCCUCUGGAGCAAGCUGUCUUCUGGAUCGAGUUUGUCAUGCGCCACAAAGGAGCCAAGCAUCUUCGCCCAGCUGUCCAUGACCUCACCUGGUUCCAGUACCACUCUCUGGAUGUGAUUGGUUUCCUGCUGGCUUGUGUGGGAACUGUUAUAUUCAUCACCACAAGAUGUCUUAUUUGUUGCCAGAAGUAUACUAAAACUGGAAAAAAGAAGAAAAGAGACUAG